AAGCCGCGGACUGAGCUGUUGCUGGGCCGGGGAUCUGCAGAGCCCUGCUCUGUGCUGGCGGUGCUGGCGUUGUAACUGUGAAGUCCAGGGAAAAGUUAUGCUCUAAAAACUUUUGUUCUCUUUCAGGGCCUCGUGAAAAAUCUUCCUAAUUGAUGGUUUGGACAUCAUCUAUGCCUGGAGUGUCAGUGUGACUUUUCCAUUCGUAUCUGUUCAAGGAUGAAAGAAUGUGUAGCAAAUACCCGCCGUAAUUAUGCAUGUUUCUAAUGUUUCAGCUUGUAUAAUACCGCCCACCUUCCCGGGGAGGUCGAGUUACUGUUUUCAGGCAUUGCACUUCAGUGAUGCACUGUGUUCUCAAGGAAAACGGUGGACUGAAGAUCCUAUGUUGCAUUUAGGGAUUGUUUCCCAUGGGGGAGAUCUUCUACUUGAGUUUUCCUGCAGACUUACCACACACUCCCACCCUCACAGACAGACCUAAAUGAAGCUACAUCAUUUAAAACUAUAGAAUCAUAGAUUUGAUUGAGUUGGAGUGGACCUUAAAGACCCAUCUAGUUCCAACCCUCUGCUGUGGACAGGGACAGAUAGAGCAGGAUGACUUUUGGGUUCCUGAAUGUGCUGUCAGAUGCUGAAUUACUGAACUAGGUGAAUCUUCUGCAUUUAUUUCUUAUCUUCAGAAAGGCCUGAAAGAGCAGAGGACUGGCAUUUGUUACAGUGUUUUAAGGUUGCAUGUCUGGUUGGACUUGAUGCAUGACAUUUGCAUGACAGCUAACAACCUAGCUCUGGAUGUGUCACUGAGCAAACAUGGCCUACCCAGCAAAUACUAACGGCAGUGCUGCAGAAAAAGAGGAAGUUAUUAUAAAUGGAAAAGAUGAAAAUGAACGGAAAUACCCCUAUUUUGUGGAAACACCUUAUGGCUACCAGCUAGACUUGGAUUUUCUGAAGUACGUGGACGAUAUACAGAAGGGGAAUACCAUUAAGAAAUUAAACAUCCAAAAGAAGAGGAAAGCAGUACCAGCCUCCACAAGCACCAAGAACUCUGGUGGCCAUUGUGGCGACUGGACUUCCACAGAGUCUCUGUCUUCUUCAAACAGUGAUGAGAACAAGCAGUCUUUCUUGGCAACAAGAAGUCAAGUAACCUCAUCUGUGGCUGUGAGACCAUUGGCUUCCCUUGAGGCAUCUCCCUCCUAUUUAACCAUUCCCGAGAGUAAGCAGCUCCCUCCUCCUUCCCCACAGCUUCCUCGGCACAACCUCCAUGUGACAAAAACCCUCAUGGAAACACGCAGGCGACUUGAACAGGAGAGAAUGAUGCAGGUAAUGCCAGGAGACAUCCGUAGGCCCCGACUUUCCAGCUUUGGGGGCAUGGGCUCAACGAGCUCCCUGCCUUCUUUCGUCGGGUCCAGUGGGUACGGUCACUUGCCUCAGCAGCUCCACAAUGGCUACCAGGGGAAUGGAGACUUCGGAGCCUGCUUUGGCUCCUCCUUGGGCAGUUCCAUCCGGCACAGCCCAAUGAGUUCAGGAAUUUCCACACCUGUCACCAAUGUGAGCCCGGUGCAUCUGCAGCAGAUCAGGGAACAAAUGGCCAUUGCCCUCAAGCGCCUCAAGGAGCUUGAGGAGCAAGUAAAGACCAUUCCUGUGCUGCAAGUCAAAAUCUCGGUGUUACAGGAGGAAAAGAGGCACAUGAUGGCAGAACUCAAAAGCCAAAGGAAAUGCAGUCAGAAUGACAUGUAUGGCUUCAGAAAAAGAUCGUACAGUGCAGGAAACGUGGAGCAGUGGGAGCACCUGUCUCAGGUGCAAAGAGGAGGAGAACUUUAUAUUGACUGUGAGGAUGAGAUGGAGAGUGCGGAGCAGAGCUCUCGGAGGGUAGAGGAGUUCAGGCAGUUGACUGCUGAAAUGCAGGCUCUGGAGAAAAAAAUCCAGGACAGCAACUAUGAGGUUCCAUCGAACCUUAGAGAAAGCCUGACGAAAGAAAGCCGAUCUGUUGCUGUUGGUGCUGAUGAAAACAUGAAUGAUGUGGUUAUCUACAACAGAUCUUCAAGGCAACAUAGAGAAGUAGCGGUGGGGACAGAGAAAGAAAUGAGAGAGUCGGGGGUUGGGGUGACGGAGGCCAUGCUUGGCUUAUCGACAGAAGUUGAGAAAGAAAUAGAGCUUCAGCAGCAGACCAUUGAAGCCCUUAAGGAAAAGAUUUACAGGCUGGAGGUUCAGUUAAAGGAGACAACCCACGACAGGGAAAUGACCAAAUUAAAACAGGAGCUGCAGGCGGCUGGAUCUAGAAAAAAAGUAGAUAAAGCCGUGAUGGUUCAGCCCUUCGUCGUCAGCAGAAUGGUGGAGGCUGUGGUACAAAUGAGAGACCAAAUGGUGGGAGACCAUGUGCAUGUUGCUGAUUCGUCUGUAGGCAGCCAUUUGCAAAUGAGCAGCGUGGGCACGUCCUGCAGGCCAGCGGUACGGAGCACAGCGGUGGGCCCUGAGCUGCUCAUGAGCCGCUGGCUUGUGAGGGAGAGGGCAGAGAUGCGAGACCAAUGCACGGGGAGGUGCGUGGAGCUGCUUGACAAGAAGGUGGGUGUGGAGACCAGCGUCUGCGAGACUGGUGUCAACACGGAGGAGUCUGUGGGUGACCUGAGUCUCUGUAGGACAGUGCGGGAGAUCCGGGAGACGAGGUCGAUUGGCUGCGGGGAUUGCUCAGUGGAUGUGAUUGUUUGUGCCCCAAAGGAGUGCGUCUCCCGCCAGACAGCCACAGAGUCUGUGUGCAGUGCAGAAGCCACAGUCAUGGCUGUGCCUUCCACAGCUACGCAGCAGACCAGCACGGCUGUGGAGAUGGUGAGCCGGUGCACCAGUACGGAGGCACUGGUGGCAGUGGACUGUGGCACCAAUACUGUUCCAAGCAGCCGUGACCAGCAAACCAGCACAGUGAGUGUGGAGAUGCGAACCGUGGCAGUUGGGGACGGCCGGGUGAAGGACAUACAUGCAUCUGCUAAAACGCGUUCAGUUGGAGUAGGGACCUUGCUUUCCAGUCAUCCUGGCUUUGAAAAACUCUCUGUGAUAAAAACCAAAGACUGCGGUGUUGGGCAGAUAAACAUUAAUGAGAACUAUCUAGUUGGUCUUAAAAUGAGAAGCAUUGCCUGCGGUCCCCCUCCCCUGGUGGCUGUACCGACCAGUACCAGGAGCAUUGGUGUUGGGGGUGAGCCAGUGUGCGAGUCCGUGAGCAGCAUCCUGGAAAGCCCACUGCCUCCAGCUGAGCUGAGGACAGGCUUGGAUCACUAUAUUGAGCGUGUGCAGAAGCUGCUACAGGAGCAGCAGAUGCUGCUUGCCGAAAAUUACAGUGAAUUGGCAGAAGCCUUUGGUGAGCCACACUCCCAGAUUGGAUCGCUCAAUUCACAGCUGAUCAGUACCCUCACAUCCAUCAAUUCUGUCAUGAAAUAUGCCAGCACAGAGGAACUGCGGAGCCUGGACCUUCAGAAACAGUGCAUGGAGAAAAGUACUGCACCAGGUGCUACCGUGGAAUACAUCCCUCACGGCCAACUUGCAGACACCCACUUAACUUCAAAUUUGCGAGCGCUGAGAUUGGAGCAGGAUGUAGAACCUGCUCAGGAGGAGAAGAAGACUCCUCUGGUAGAAGCUGUUCGGGGAAGGAAGUCCUUUUCUUCUCAGGACAAAACUCUAGCUGCAAUUAACCUGACAGAUGACCAACUUGCCUCUGGCCUUUAUGUAUGUAGUAACAGUGAAAACACACUCAAGUCUAUCAUGAAGAAAAGGGAUGGAAAAAAGGAUUUGAGCAACACCAAGAAGAACCUGCAGUUCGUCGGCAUUAAUGGCGGGUACGAAACUACAUCCAGUGAUGACUCCAGCUCUGAGGAGAGCUCCUCCUCGGACUCAGAGGAAGAGUGUGAUGGCCACGUGUACCCCCAUGGCUGUGGUAGGGAUGGGGAGCACCCCGUGCUUGGCCCCCCAGAGACAAGUGCUGCAGGGACUGCAAAGGACGGGCCUCCCCUGGAGUGUGAGGCUGAGGAGGUGGAGAUCAGGGAGAGAUACGAACUAAGUGAGAAGAUGCUUUCUGCUUGUCACCUGCUGAAAAACAACAUUGAUGACCCCAAGGCAUUGACCAACAAAGAUGUGAGGUUUUGUUUAAAUACCAUCCAGCACGAGUGGUUUCGUGUCUCAAGUCAGAAGUCGGCUGUUCCUGAAAUGGUUGGAGACUACAUAACUGCUUUUGAAGAGAUUUCUCCUGCUGUCCUCAGACAUAUCAUCAAUGUGGCGGAUGGAAAUGGGAACACAGCUCUGCAUUACAGCGUCUCGCAUUCUAACUUUGAAAUUGUAAAGCUUCUUUUGGAUGCAAAUGUCUGUAACGUAAACCAUCAGAACAAGGCCGGCUAUACCCCCAUCAUGCUCGCCGCUCUCGCAGCUGUGGAAGCUGAGAAGGACAUGAGGAUAGUGGAGGAACUGUUCAGUUGUGGGGAUGUGAAUGCAAAAGCCAGUCAGGCUGGUCAGACUGCUCUGAUGCUUGCUGUGAGUCAUGGGCGAAUAGAUAUGGUUAAAGCUUUGCUGGCCUGUGGUGCAGAUGUCAAUAUCCAGGAUGAUGAGGGUUCUACAGCUCUGAUGUGUGCUAGCGAACACGGACAUGUUGAAAUAGUCAAACUUUUGCUGGCUCAGCCUGGGUGUAAUGGCACCCUGGAGGAUAAUGAUGGCAGCACAGCACUUUCAAUAGCCCUGGAAGCUGGACAUAAAGACAUAGCAGUUCUCCUUUAUGCACACGUCAAUUUUUCCAAAACCCAGUCUCCAGGCACUCCUAGACUUAGCAGAAAGACAUCUCCCGGUCCUACCCACAGAGCUACAUUUGAGUAGUGCUGCAUGAAUACUUAUAAAAAUCGCAAUGCCAUCUUCAAGCUGCUAAAUUUUACUCUUUUACUGGGACAGAUACUGAAUGUAAUUGUCUUGUGCCUGAACUCACCAGCAAAGUGAAAGCAGAGACCUAGUGCUAAGGAUAAAAACCUUAAACUUGAAGCAAGCAUAUAGUUAGGUAGUACUCAGCUGAGAGCCUUAGCCAGAAGUGUUCUUUUUGCUCACCUGCUCAUCUUUCCAUACACUGGCAUUAAUGCUGUUUUUCUUUUAGAUUGUCUUUCCCUAUGUUAUGUACUGCCUAAAGGUCUAAAGCUAUCCUUGCAGGGGGGUCCUGGUGGCUUUUUUUAAAUUGUUCUAAAACGUUUAUGUUUACUGUGCCUAAACCUUAUCACAGUAACCUUCUCAUAAAUUUCAUUCCAACACAGUUUUGAUGUUUUUAAUUAUUCUGAAAUUGAGAAGUUGCAGUUGCUUAUAUAGUGAGCUCCGUGAAGCUUGAGCUGGUGGGUGACUGGAUUAGAUGCUGGGGAUAGAUCCUCUCGUGAGUUCAGAAGUUCACUAAGUAACUUGUUGCUAAUUGGGGAUAAUGUAUAACUUUUAUAUGAAAGAUAAUAAUGUCUAUAAAAUUAACUCGCACAGUAUUUUCAACAUUUUAUACUCCUUAAUGAUUAAAAACUACAUGAAGAAUUACAUGUCACGAUACCAUAUUUUUAUUAACUGUGUCAGUGUAUAAGCUCCAUUCAUGUUUAUUGGAGAGUAAAAUUAUAGGUACCAGCUGUGUAUUCCCCAUGAGUGGAAGUGAGUGUAGUUCUCGGUGCAUAUUUAUGGAAUGCUACUACCUUGUCACAUUCACUUUAGUCACGUGUAUUUAAAUGUUUGAAGUGCCUUAGACUCUUGCCAUAUUUUCAAAAUAAAAUUUCAUUAUGCUGUUUUAA